AUGGCACCUCGAGCAGCCACCGAUUGUGAAGAUAUCGAGCCAGCAUUCAUAGGCGUAGGUGGAGGUGCAGCUUCUGGAUACCAUAUAGUUGUAAUUGGUGGUGAAGAAGAGAAGACAAUUGUGUUGGACGACGAGGGCGGAUCGGAUGGCAGAUUAGAUGAAUAUACGGUGGUUGUUGGUGAGGAAGAGAUGACAAUUGAGUUGGACGACGGAUAG